AUGAACUCCGAGAGCGAAACCGAAGAUUUUCCUGGCAUUUAUGAGAAUUCACCUCAGGCUUCACCUCUGCGGGAAAAUCCACACCAAGACAGCCUCUAUUCUGCAAGGCAAGGGUUCCGCUCUAUCCAGGAGCCCAGCCAGGAAAGCUUUUGUGGCCUGCCAUCUAAUUUUUACCAGCCACCUACCCAAAGCCAAUUGUCACCAACAAAAACCCAGGACAGUUGUGAAACUUCUCCUAUGAGUGUCCAUAAUUUCCCAUCCGUUUCCUCUAUGUACCAACCAACCCUGUUUAACUACGAACGUCCAAAACACUUUAUCCAGGCUAAGAGUGUGUGUCAAGGGCAACAGCAGCCUCCAGGACCCGCAGCCUCUACAGAGUCAAGUAGACAAAUCAAACAGUCCUCCAUCCUAAUACAGCCUCGUAACCCUAGCGGGCAGAAACUUUCUUCCUCCUCAUCGCUGAGCUCUUCAAUCACGCUCUCCUCGCCUUCCUGUAGCGCCCCUAAGGAAUCCACAUAUCCCGUCACACCUGCGUCUGCGCAGUCUCCUGCUAGCUCAUCAUCUGGGCACCGGCUUAUAUCCAUGCCUAACCAACCCCCCGCAGCAUUCCUGUGCUCAGUGCUACCCUCACAGCCUGAUUAUAACAGCCAAGCUCCUUCUCCUGCGGAUCCUCAGUACUCAAAACCGAUGUAUAACAAACAAGCUAGUAUCAAGUCUAUGCAGAAGACAUCAGACCACGAGAUUAGAGGAACAAAAGAGGCCCUCAUUCAGGACUUGGAAAGGAAACUUCGAUGCAAAGACAACCUUCUGCAGAACGGCAACCAGCGAUUAACUUAUGAAGAAAGAAUGGCUCGCAGGCUGCUCGGACCAGAAAAUGCUGCAUCUGUGUUGGAAGCACAGAGUGAAGAAAGCACGCAGAACGCACAGCACCAGAAUACAGAAAACAUCAGGUUGCAGGUUCCUACAACACACGUAAGGAGCAGACCGUCCUCAAGAGGAGACGAACGUGGACACGACUCAAUCCAGGAAAAAUUUUUUCAACCACGUUUUACACAAGUGCCUGAAGACGUAAUUAUUGAGGAGGGGCGCUUCUGCAGGCUCGACUUUAAAGUUAGUGGGCUGCCAACUCCAGAUGUGAUGUGGUAUCUGAACGGAAGGAUGGUUCAUCAAGAUCAGUUCCAUAAAAUGAUAGUGUCGGAAAAAGGAUUCCACUCAUUUAUUUUUGAAGCAGUCAAAUCAUCUGAUGCAGGGACAUAUGAAUGUGUGGCUGUCAACCGCGCAGGGGAAGCUUCUUUCGCAGUAAAAGUGGAAGUAAUUGCAAAAGAGCAUCAUACUCCUCCAACUUUCAUCUUCAAACCACAAAGCAAAAAAGUUUUUGAAGGAGAUACAGCCAGACUUGAAUGCCAGAUCUCUGCCAUACCAACACCCCGGAUUUACUGGAAAAGAAACAAUGAAAUGGUACAAUAUAAUACAGACCGAAUAAGCUUGUUGCAUGACAAUACUGGAAGGAUUUGCCUCCUGAUUCAUAAUGCAGACAAGAAAGAUGCUGGUUGGUAUACAGUAUCUGCUGUUAAUGGAGCAGGUGUGGCCACAUGCCAUGCCAGACUGGAGGUUGCAACACACGCAAAAAAGCCAGUUCCAGCCCCUAAGCAAUUGCGGGUUCGACCAACUUUCAGCAAGUAUUUGGCACUCAAUGGUAGAGGACUGGAUGUGAAACAAGCUUUCUCACCAGAAGGAGAGUUUCAGCGUUUGGCUGAGCAGUCUGGACUGUAUGAAAGUGAUGAACUUUAA